CCCGGGUGUCGGGUGCAGUAAGUCGGAUUCCACCACUAGAGUUCUCCCUGUGGUUCAGCAGCCCCGCUCGGCUCGGCUCCGUUGGCGCUGUCUGUGUUUACCUCCCAGCCCAGCGCUGCUGUACCGUGGCCAGCUGCUGGACACAAACCACCAUCCGCAUCCCCAACUUGCCCGAAAAAUACUAAUGUAAGCUGCCUCGCGUUCAAUCCUUUGCGGAUUUUCUGCAGCGCUGUGUGUUCUUGACACUGUAGCAGAGUUGUGAUGAAUAAGGAAAUCAUGUCACGCGUGGUGAAGAAGAGGCAGGCGGACCCCAAGGUGGUCCAGUAUGUGUGGGCUGCCAUUGAGGUCAUUCGCAACCAGAAACAAAUUGCAAAUAUGGACAGGAUCUCCAAGUACCUGAGUCGUGUGUUUGGCAUGCACCCUAAGGAGACUGCCAGACAGCUGAGUCUGGCUGUAAAGGACGGCCUGGUUGUUGAGACCCUGACGGUUGGGUGCAAGGGCUCCAAGGCUGGCAUUGAGCAGGAAGGAUACUGGCUUCCCGGGGAUGAGAUGGAGCCGAAAGCCGAGGGAAGCAAGGACUGGGAGACAGAGAGCCAUGACUGGUACUGCUUUGAGUGUCAUCUACCGGGCGACGUCCUCACGUGUGACAACUGCUUCCGGGUCUACCAUCUCAAGUGUCUAUCGGAGGAGUGCAAGCCCAGAGACGGCGGGUCGCACUGGCAGUGUCUCGUCUGCAGGGGCAGUAAAAAGAAGAACCUGAACAAACAGGAGAUGUCUAAAUACCUGCGUUUCAUCGUCCAGCGUAUGAAGGAGAGGGCAGUGGACCUGAACAAGAAAGGCAAAGACAUUAAACAUCCCAUGUACAGACGGCUGAUCCAUACUGCACUGGACGUCUCCAACAUCCAAGAGAACCUGUCUGAAGGAAAGUAUAAGAGCUUUGAAGAGUUCAAAGCAGACGCUCAGCUGAUUGUUCACAACACUGCCAUCCUGUAUGGAGUUCACAGUGACCAGGCAGAGAUUGCACGGUUGCUCUUCAGCGACACGUGCCACGAGUUGAACGAGUUGUUGUUGUGUAAGAACUGUUUCUACCUGUCGAACGCCCGGCCUGACAAUUGGUUCUGUUACCCCUGCAGCCCCAGCCAUGACCUGGUCUGGGCCAAGAUGAAAGGUUUUGGUUACUGGCCGGCCAAAGUCCUUCAGAGGGAGGACAACCAGGUGGACGUGCGCUUCUUUGGACACCAGCAUCAAAGAGCGUGGAUCCCCUCAGACAACAUCCAGGACAUCAAGGUGAGUGUCCAGCAGCUGCAGGUGAAGCGUAGCAACGGCUGGAAGAAGGCGUGUGAGGAGCUCGAGGUUUACCAGCGUUUCCUGAGGGAGGGACGCUUCUGGAAAACAAAGAUGGAGGACGGCAGCCAGGCACACCAGCAUCAUCAACAGAGCCAGAGCCAGCGGCAGCAGCAGGAGGAGGGCAGCGUGAGGACGGACAGACUGGAGCGGACGGACGAAGCCGAGUCCAGUAUCUCGUCCACCAGCAACGAGCAGGUCCGACACCUCAAAGGCAGCCAGGAGCCCAAGGCAAAGAAAAGCCGUCGGACUCAAAUGGUCGAGCCCAAAGAGGAAGUCAGCGACCCGGAGCCUGAGAUGGAGGCGGUGAGCUCCAGCCAGGAGAUUCCGGUGUCCUCGGCGCCCCAGCAGCCUGAGAAGCUGUCGGUGUCCACGCAGACCAAGAAGGCCAGCGGAGGGUCGCCGCGCACGCUGCACCGCGGCACCCAGACCAACAGCGACGGCGCCUGCCAGAACAUGUGCCACGAGAAGUACACCAAGGUCUUCAACGACGUCAAGGAGAUGAUGAAGGCCGACAACAAGAGGGAGACGGAGAGGGUCGUCCGAGAAGCUCUGGAGAAGCUCCGUGCAGAGAUGGAGGAGGAGAAGCGUCAGGCGGUGAGUAAGGCGGUGUCCGGAGCUCAGGCGGAGAUGGAGAGGAAGUGUAAGCAGGUGAAGGAGAAGUGUAAAGAGGAGCUGGUGGAGGAGGUGAAGAAACUGGUGGCCCAACACAAACAGCUCAUCUCCCAGACCAAGAAGAAGCAGUGGUGUUAUAACUGUGAGGAGGAGGCCAUGUACCACUGCUGCUGGAACACCUCGUACUGCUCCAUCAAGUGUCAGCAGGAGCACUGGCACGCCGACCACAAACGAACCUGCCGCAGGAAGAGAUGAACAAGCCCCGCCCUCCCCGACCCCUGCACAGCACGCCAUUGGCUCUCGCCAUCUCCUCCGCCUGUCUGUCAGUGUCUACAACACACACACACACACACACACACACACACACACACACACACACACACGCACCUCUCUCCUGCUUCUCUACUUGCCUUCCUGAAAACUUUGUGGACCCGACGUUUUCUGCGUGAAAAGAGCGAUUUGUUCCCUGUCUCGUUUUCAUUUUGUUUCUAUUAUUUAAUGUACCCAUUGUAUUGAUUUUCCUUUCUAUAAUUUGUUUAUUUUUUUCUCUGAAUCGUGAACAGAUUGCUUGAGGGCACGGCUCGAA